AUGGACAAUGCUUACUAUCCAGACCAGCACCACCCAACCUUGUACUUCGACGAUGGCAAUGUGGUGCUCUCGGCGCGGACCCAGGACGGCAGCUUCCAGUACUUCCGGGUGCACCACUCCGUCCUGUGCAGGCAUUCGCCUGUCCUGGCGGAUAUGUUCGCACUACCCCCGUUGAGGGCAUCAGGCUCACGAGACAUGCUGGAGGAGACGUACGACGGCGUGCUGCAUGUGCAGAUGCCAGACACUGCGGAAGAUCUCGCGAGCUUCCUCGGGGUACUGUAUGAUCCACUUGGGACGGCCUACAAACGCUUCAACCCCAACACGCCCGUCCUUGUGGAGGGCACGCUGAAGCUCGCUACAAAGUACGAGUGUGACGCCAUCCGCACGCGCAUCGUCGAGAACCUCGAGGCAGACUGGCCGCAGACCCUCGCGCAGUGGGACGCCCGCCGCUCCGAGUGCAUCCUCCUCCGCUCCGAGCACGCGCAGCAGUUCACCGGCAAGAUUAACGGGCUCUACCUGGACGACCGCCUCCCCGAGCCCGCCUCCGCCAUCCGCGUCGCGACGGACUACAACCUCCCGAGCAUCCUCCCCGCGGCGUUCUACCAGCUCGCCCUCCUUUCGACCGACGCCGACUGGGACGAGUACCGCGCGAACCCCGGGAAGCACCUCCGCUUCGGCGCGCGCACCGCGCGAUGGCGGCUGCUCGACAAACGCGACCUCAUGCGCCUCGUGCACGGGCAGAAGGUGCUCGCGGGGCACACACGCGCCAUCGGCACAGACAUCUUUGGCAAACGCUGCCAACGCGGGAUCAAGGUGUGCGCGAAGGCACGGACGGAGUGCUGGAAGUACUUCCAGGAGAACGCACCCAUCUCCAUGGACGACCCGCUCGACAUCCUUUACGACUGCUCACGGCUUGAGACGCUCUUCACUGACUUGCCCUGCGGGGCAUGCGUGCAGGAUAUCGCGACUUCGGCGGAGAAAAAGCGCAGGGAGCUCUGGAGGAGUCUUCCUGCAAUCUUCAAUCUCCAGGCUUAG